AUGAAGAAGGCCAAGGAGGAACAAGGGAAGCUCAUCCUCCCGGAGUCUCACCCCGACAGCGUCCGCGUCAACCGCCUCACCAUGGAGAUCGUCUGCACCGCGCACAGAGGCUUCGCCGACAACGACUCUAAUUUGGACGCCGCCACCUACCAGGGAGAGAAGAAGCAGAGGACGGAGCACCUGGAUGGGCUGGAGUGGGAGGUGAUCCUUGUCCAGGAUGAGAGUGUCAACGCGUGCUGCUUGCCCGGUGGCAGGAUCAUGGUCUACACUGGCUUCCUCGACCACUUCAACACCGAUGCUGAGCUCGCCACCAUGCUUGCCCACCAGGUUGGGCACGUCAUUGCAAGGCAUACGUUGGAGACGCUCACCAAUUUGUUGUAUAUUUUCAUCGUGAUGCUUGACUUCCCGAUUUUAUUCGGCGACAGCAAGAGCAAGCGUGAAGCUGUUGAGAGUGUGAUGGAAUUACGCCUCCGUUUGCCCUUCUCAUGA